GGGUCUCUCCCGCCUCCGCCCGCGGUCUAGUCGGACCUCUCUCCACGACAGGGUUUUCCCUCCUGCCAAGGAGCAGCUGAUCUUCAGCAUCCAGCGUCCCCCAAACCUGCCACUUCUGAGCUGUAUCAGGAGACCUGCUGCUUCCUGUUCUGUCUGAUGAAUAUUUUAGUGGAUCUUCGAAGGGGAAAAAGUCACAAAAGGCCGCAAGGCGGAAUGAGGCUGCUGUCGCCCAGGCAACUACGGUCGCCUAGGAGGGAGCCCGAGGCUGGAGUCAGCGAGCCACGCCCUCACUCAAACUGGGGAGCUCCGGUCCGAGUUCGGAGGCGACGGAACACCCGGAGAUGCUGUGGAGGCACGGAGUAGGGAGGUCCAGUAUGGGGACGCUGGACCGUUAAUAGGGAGGACUGACACACUCCGGAUUCCAGCGGAGGCCAGGUGGUGACGAUUGGAUAGGGCAACGACGCCGUACCGCAAGUUUCUAAAUGAAAAUGGUCCUAAUGAGGACCCGUAGAGCUUCCAAGGGCUUCAGCUCUAAAACCCAGGCCUGGGGGCGGGGCGAGGCUUUGUGGGCGGAAGCCUGCCGGGAGGCGGGGACCGGGGCAACGGAAGUGACGCUUAGGCGCACCAAUAGAGCGGGGCGGGCGCUAACGGUUUUCGGUAGCCCGGUCUUAGAGGGGCGGGGGAGAGGAGGUGGCGAGUCCGUGUCCCGUGACCCUUGGCCCCUAGCGACCCCGCACCCCUGCAGGCACCCCAAGAUGAUGGGCUGUGAGGAGUCAGAGCUGGAGUCGGUGGAAGGGGGAGAGGCCGUGGCUGACCCAGGGCCACCCCCAGAACCCCGAGCUCCCGAGCCCGGAGCCCCAGUGCCGGAGCCCGGCCUGGACCUGAGCCUGAGCCUGAGCCCUCUGUCCGAGAGCCCCGGGCGCGGGCGGUCCAACUGCAGCCCGGGACGGCGGAAGGGGCGGGCGGACCGGCGGGGCGGGGCCCGCAAGGGGCGACAGGUCCGCUUCCGCCUGGCGCCGCCCUCCCCGGUACGGUCCGAGCCGCCGCCGGCCGCCGCCGCACCGAGCGAGAAGCCCGCGGCGCCGCAGGACCUGGGGACGCCCGCGCAGCAGAGUAGCCUGGCCUUGAGCUUCGAGCUGCAGGCCGCGCGGGCCGCAGCCGGGGGCCAGUUCGAUGCCGCGAAGGCCGUGGAAGAACAGCUGAGAAAGUCGUUCCAGACCCGCUGCAGCCUGGAAGAGAGCGUGGCCGAGGGUGAGGGGGGCAGGCGGCCGGCCGGGCGCGGGAGCGGGGGUGCGAGGCGCCGCUCACUUCCGCUCCUCCUGCGAACUCAGGGCUGAACGUGCCGCGCUCCAAGCGGCUCUUCCGAGACCUGGUGAGCCUGCAGGUGCCCGAGGAACAGGUUCUGAACGCCGCGCUGAGG